AUGACGUACGCCGCGCUCGCGGCAGAGACGGAGGUCAUCGAGAACCUCAGAGAAGUGCUGGACGGCUUGCAGAGCAACAUACGCAAGUCGCUCGAAGACAUGGAGACGGAGUUGAGGCAGCCGCCACCGCCAAGCGUCCUGCAGGGAGCGGCUUCCUACGCCAACAACGUGGCGAGGUCAGCCGUAGCGGUCGCCAUCGACGGUUUCAACAACGCCUCGAGGGUUUUCGACGCGUCUUUCGAGGCGUUGGCGGAGCCUUCCAGGAGGACCCUCCUUCGGUCCACGGAAUUGUUCCCGUGGCAAAGCUGGUACCAGGCCUGGACCAACAUCACGAAGGGCGAGGACAACCUGUUCGCCACCGCCGAGCCGAGGCUCCUCAAGGCUGCCCUCGAAGGCGGCGGCGGCGGCGGCGGCCGCUACCACCACCCCCACUCUCUGGCGGACGACGGGACGCACAACGACGAGGAAGGCCUUGUCGGGGGCUUUGACCCCUCGGCGUUGUUGACAAGCAGCGGUAGCAGCGGGAGGGAUAGGGGUCGCGGUGCCGGGGGUGUAGCCGCGCCCUCGGUGGAGGGGUCUGGUGGGGGAGGGGCGCGGCCCGGGCGUAGAAGAGGUUUGAAGAGGUGGAAGCCGGAGCUUGCGGCGGAAUCUCCAGAGUCCGGAGAGGGGGGGCAGGGGCCUGCCGCGGGUAACGGUAGAGAUGGCUCGAUGGAGCUUCGGAGAAGGAGAUGGAAAGGGUGA